AUGAAUCCCAUGAACCCCAUGACCGCCUUCAAAGGCUUCCCUGAUAUGUCUGGCACAGACCCAAUAGGGUUCAUGAGCGGGAUCCAACCACCUACCGGUCAAAUCCAAGAUCUCAAGCCCGGAAGCAUCAAGGCAAUCCCUCAAUAUGGCGGCAAUGACGGCAGUCCAUUCAUUCUUUACCCGAACUACCCUGGACCCAUCAAAACUAUUGAGGUCUACAGUGGAGUUUCGGGUGAUCCCCAGAGACCCUAUGUCAUUCGGGGUUUGCGAGUCGAGUGGUUCCACAGUCCCACCAGCCCACUCUACGGCCGCGAGACCGAUCGGAAAGAUACCUAUACCUUCCAGCCCGAGGAGCGGAUUCUUAGCAUGAUUAUCGCGAGUGGAGUUCGCACCGAUCGGAUUGAAUUCACAACUACCCACGGCAAUUUCAAGGCGGGCGGUAAUGGCGGAACGGCUCACGAUGUGGACGUUGCGAGCGGGAUCAUUCUUGGGUUCCAGGGGCGCUCGGGAUGGGAUAUUGAUAGUUUGGGAGUGGAAUUUUUCAAGGGCUAG